AAAUCUGACAGGAGGAAGUACCAGCAGCAGCUGUUGGGCAGCCUUCCCUGGAAGAUGCAGUUCCUCCUCAUCCUGGUGGCCUUUCUCCUACUCCCUGGGGCUGGAGCAGAGGAGAUCAUUGGAGGCCGUGAGGCCAGGCCCCACUCCCACCCCUACAUGGCGUAUCUUCGCAUCCAGUCACCAGGGGCAAGAUCUACUUGCGGGGGGUUCCUGGUGCGAGAAGACUUUGUGAUGACAGCAGCUCACUGCUUGGGAAGCACUAUAAUGGUCACCCUGGGGGCGCACAACAUCAGUAGGCAGGAAAGGACCCAGCAGCGCAUGUCUGUGCUCAGAGCCAUCCCACACCCUAGAUAUCACAGGCAGAACUUUCAAAAUGACAUCAUGUUACUGCAGCUGACAAAUAGAGCCAGGCGGAAUCGAUUUGUGAGGCCAGUGACUCUGCCUCGGUCCCAGGCCCAACUGAGACCUGGGUCCCGGUGCACUGUGGCUGGCUGGGGCCUGGUCAGCCGGAACAGACAAACAGACACACUCCGGGAGGUGAAGCUGGCGGUGCAGAGGAAUCAGGUGUGCAGCAAUCUCUUUAACAUCUUCAAUGGACAAAGCCAGAUUUGUGUGGGGAACCAGAGGCAGAGGAAGAACGCCUUCAGGGGGGACUCCGGAGGCCCCCUUGUGUGUAACAAUGUGGCUCAGGGCAUUGUUUCCUAUGGAAAUAGAGCUGGAACUCCUCCAGGAGUCUUCACUAAGGUUUCCAGGUACCUGCCCUGGAUAAACAGAACAAUGAGACGCUUUAAAACGGCGAAGAAUCAAAAGAGUCAUCAUACCACCCCACCUAUGGCGGACUCUUCUCUGGGACAAAGCUGGUUGUAAGAGAUUUAAUAAAUGCCCAUGUCUAGAGUGAAAAUAACUGGUUUCUCACAUUAUUAACAUCAUUCUGUACAAAU